GAGCCUCCUUUCUCUCCCCCCCCAGUUCCGAACAAACAAACAAAAAAAGGCGGGAAACGGUCUCCCUCAGAAACCAGCCAUGUUUUAAAAUCCUCAGGAGUGGAAAGAAAAACAGGCCUAAAAAUGGGACAAAAUUAGGGAAAUGUGUCAUUUUAUGUAUUUAUUCGCCUGGAGGUCCAAGAAUUUAAAAGCUUAAUGGUGCCCCCCAUCAUCUUAGGACAUGGGGGGUGUUAAAAAGGCAGCCAUAUAAAGGGUUGUGUGUCAGGAUGGAAGUGUGAAGAUUUGUGGGUGGAUUUGUGUUGGGUUUUUUGGUACUACUACAAAUCCCAGAAUUCCAUGCUGCCCAGGGGAUUCUGGGAGUUUUUAAGGAGAGAGGAACAAGCCUGCCCCACUUCUGAUGUCGGUCCUCUUUCUUACCUUGUUAUUGUAUGUCACCCAGAUUGACCAUUUGGCCAGAUGGAAAAUUCUAUUUUCAUUUAUUAUUUUUAACCUUGCUUUUCUUCACAAAUGCAACGAAAGAAAUAUGCAGUAAGAAUACUAAUCAUUUAAUUCAGUCAACACCUUUGAGUAUACAUCUGUCUACAGUGGACUACACUCCACAGAAGCAUGUUCCAAAAUAAAAUGUAUAAAUCUUUAAGAUGCAACAAAACCAUGAGGUUUUUCCUACAACUGACUAACGCAGCUGAACCCUUGGAAAAUGUGCUGAAAAUAUAAUUUUUCUGCACUGUGUACAUAAAAGUGCAUGGAAAGCAUCGUAAAAACCCAUCACAACCUCACGUUAACUGGCUUGAUGAGGAGGGAAAAGUUUAGCAUGUGCAGAUUCUUUCCGAAAGAUUUGUCCCUGAUUAAAGGUAGCAGACAACAACGAUAAAAGUCAAGACCGGGGGAGCCGAGGUGUCUCCAGUUGUGCACAAAUAUCCACAACAAAGGCAGGUGGAAAAGAUAAACGGGCUGUGAAAGUGUGAGGGACUCAACAACACUAAAAGCAAGAGACAGGCGAAUAAUAGAGUAAUUAAUGUAAUAGGCUUUGCUGAGAGUCCGUAAAGCCAUUGACCACUGAAGUCCUCGGAUGACCUGCUCGCUCCCUACUUUUAGAAAGAGAGCAAUGGAUGGUCCUACUUGACUUCUCCGUUGGAUCUGUCUCCAAGACCACGCAAGACCACCUCUUUUGCCCUGAGAGCAGCUACCAUGCCGUGUCCCUCAACUGUGAACUGUGAACAACAGAAUUAGAUCCUGCCCACACAGCCACAUCGUUAUGGUAUGUGGAUCGCUGAUAGGCAGCCAGAAGGUUGGCGAGAAGACGGGGCUUGGCACAGAUGAGCCCUGGCGAGGGGAAGAAAGAUGGUGCCAGGUAUGGACCCUGGGAUGGCUCUCCAGGCCUCAUGAGCCACGAAAGAGAAUGGGAAGGAUCUCGUUCAGAAGAGCAGGAGGUCUGGUCUCAUUGGUGGUUCUUGUAGAGGGAAGGAAAAAACAGGGGUUCAGGGGUGCAGGGAUCCCAUGAACCUUCCGACUCGGAGCAAGGAGGAACGGCUAAGAGCGCCCUAGGUUUGCCAGAAGGCCCUUCUAAGAACUAAAUCCCUCUGUAUCGUCGUCCGUAAGGCAACACGGUCAACCUCCUCGGCCUAAGCUGUGGAUAAGCUCUGCGCACAGACAAGGGAAGCGAGAAAGGUUAAUAAAGCCAACCUGGCUAAUAAGAGUUGCUAAUUACCUGGAAGGGAAAUACUGUACCUUUUUCCAGCAGGAACUAUGCUGUGAAUAACAUAUUUUUUAAAAGGGGGGGGGGGAAUCCUAGACUGAUGGAAACAGGGUCUCAGGUGACCCCCAAGAAACUAGUUAUCUCCACAACCCCCCCAGGUAAGAAAUGUCAGGCGUUGUUCCCUCCAGCACCCACAGCUCUUUGACCAGCAGUUCCCUUGGAGAAAGGGGAGCACUCCAGGAAUGAUGCCAGUUCUCAUCUCCUGGCAAAGCAAACGUUUCCAACUCCACCUCCUCAAUCGCAAGCGUCUCCUCUCGGUGCAGAACUUUGCACCCUGUUUCCCAACCCCCGGUGCUGGGGUUCGCUGCAAGCGAACCUCUGGACCCGCUCCAUCGGCUUUGCUCUUUGGUCCACACCCUGUGCAGUUUUUAAAAACAGCAUUUUGGAAAGCGCUCCUUUCGUCGGCAAGAGGGAGGCGGCUUCAACCACCACAAUGCGUGUGGCUGUGAUUGGAGCCGGCGUCAUCGGCCUGUCCACCGCCUUCUGCAUCCACGACCGAUACCACUCAACAGUUCAGCCGCUGGAGAUAGAGGUUUACGCCGACAAAUUUACCCCUUACACGACCAGCGAUGGGGCGGCGGGUCUCUGGCAGCCAUACCUAUAUGACAAUGGAAACACCCAAGAGACGCUCUGGAACCGAGAGACUUUUGACUACCUGCUCCAACACAUCAGUUCAUCAGAAGCCGAGAACAUGGGCUUGUUUCUGCUGUCUGGAUACAACCUCUUUAAACGCCCAGUUCCUGAUCCGUCGUGGAAGGAUAUUGUCUUGGGGUUUAGGAAGCUAUCGCCGAGAGAGCUUGAGCUUUUCCCUGGCUACAGUUAUGGCUGGUUUAACACAGCUCUGAUGCUGGAAGGCAAAAGCUACCUACCGUGGCUUACAAAUAGGUUGAAGUUGCGAGGUGUCAAGUUCUUCCAACGGAAAAUCCAGUCCUUCCAGGAGCUGCUGGCGGAAGGUGUGGACGUCAUUAUCAACUGCACCGGCGUCCGUGCCGGGGAGCUCCAACCUGACCCUGCACUGCGCCCUGGCCGAGGGCAAAUCAUCAAGGUCGAAGCCCCCUGGGUGAAGCACUUCGUCAUCACCCACGGCGACGAGCACGGAGUCUAUAAGACCCCUUACAUCAUUCCCGGGAGCAACGCCGUGACCCUGGGAGGUGUGUUUCAGGUGGGGAACUGGAGCGAAAAAAACAGCCCUCUGGAUCACCAGCACAUCUGGGAAAGCUGCUGUUCGUUGAUGCCUGCCCUCAAGAAAGCAAAGAUUCUCUAUGAAUGGAGUGGCCUCCGCCCGGUGCGCCCAGAGUUUCGCCUAGAGCGUGAGGCUGUUCCCCAUGGAAAGCAACGGUCAGAGGUGAUUCACAACUAUGGCCACGGCGGCUUUGGGCUCACCAUCCACUGGGGCUGCGCGAUGGAGGCAGCCAGAUUAUUUGGGGAGAUCCUGGAGGGCAGGAAGUUGGGCAAAGCGCCUUCUUCUAACCUCUGAGAAAAUGGAACUCCUGCCUUCGCUUCGGUUUCCCUUCUCGUUGCAUAAGCAUAACCUUGAAGAAAACCCUGCUUCCUUUUCUUAAUCAAAGC